AUGAAUCGCAAGUAUCAUUCACCCUCGAUACCAUUUGCCCGUGGUAAGCAUCUCACCCCCAUCAUCGCAUCGCCCUCAAAACACUCAGAUCGAGCAACCUUCCCCCCCGGAGAUCCCAGAACAAAAGCCAACUCUCUCAGGACGUACCUGGCAAAGAAGAGACUGGAAGAAGCCCUCGCCCAAGUCCGGGCAACCUCACCCCCGGUAACAUUCACCCUCCACUUCGAGCCGUUCCAGCUCUUCCCGGACUUCCCCGACACCGCCGACAAGCAGGAAUGGUACCUCCACGAAAAGCACUUUGACAAUGAAGCCGCCCAGCAGGCGUACCAGUCCCACAUGACGUCCCUCCUGGAGCCGCACGGCGUGAAGCUCAACUUCGCCGGCAAAAUGGGCAACACCCUCCACGCCCACCGGGUGAUUCAGCAGAUUCAGCGUGACAGGGGAGCCGACGCGGCCAGCCGUCUGGUGGAAGGGCUGUACAGGCGGUACUUUGAGCAGGCGAAACAUCCGUCCGGGGACGAGACUCUGGUGGAAGCGUGCGUGGAGGCCGGGGUAGGGGAGGACGAGGCAAGGAAGCUAGUGGAAGACAAGGAGAUGGGGCUGAGGGAAGUGAGAGCGCGGUUGAGGGAGGUCACGAUGGACGCUGAUGCGGUGCCGGUGGUGGCGGUGGAGGGCAAGAGGAGGGACAUCACGCUGACGGGGGCCAAGGAGGUCAAGGAUUAUAUCAAGGCUCUGGAGACGGUCGUCAAGGAGAGCGGGUGA